GUACUCUUUUCAGUUACUUACUGUUGCCGGUUUCACAGUACUACUUUGCUGCGUGCUAUAGUUUUUGGACUGUUUCGGAGCUUUCUUCUUUCUUAUGACAAAUGGCAGAGACUAAAAAUGACACGUCUUUCGGCAGUGUGGAGCUAGGAUUUGUGGAGCAAACAGAGGCUUGGCUUGUCCAGAGUUGUCAGUUCCCCAGCAAAGUAGGAGGAAAGCCAGCGUGGCUGAGCAUGUCAGAUUUGCCAAAUCCUGAUGAUCUUCUCUGUAACAAAUGCAGACAACCUGUUGUAUUUCUUUUGCAAAUUUACGCACCAUUUAAUGGGAAACCUUUUACUUUUCAUCGAUCUCUUUUUGUUUUUAUUUGUAAAAACCCACAGUGUUAUGCUGUUAACGACAAUAGGUGUUUCAAAGUUUUUAGGAGUCAGUUAGCUCGAAAAAAUGACUUCUAUCCAUAUGAUCCCCCAAAGAACAACAAAUCUGAUGGCAGAAACACUGAUGAAAAGGAGACUAUGCAGAGUUAUAAUAUAAAGCUCUGCAGUGUUUGUGGUUGUUUAGCACCCAAGUCAUGCUCUCAGUGUCAUAUGGCCAGGUACUGUAGCAGGGAGCACCAGUUGAUUCAUUGGAAGGCAGGACAUAAACAACAAUGUUCAAAAAAAGAUUUUUCAGAUCCUUCUGUACCAGAAAACACAUUUCUUUUCCCUGAAUAUUUGAUUGUGACUGAGCUAGAAGAAUUGACGCCUGAAAAGAGUGCCAGUGAAGUGAAUGAUGAAACACAGCAGUACUUGCCAACUGAGAAAAACAGCAGUGAUGAUUGUGAUUGUGUGAAUGAAAAGGAUUUGGAAGCCUUUGCAAAGCAUGAAUCAUUGGAUAUUAAAGUUUUCACAAAGUUUAAAGAGAGAAUAUCAAAUGAACCUGAUCAGAUAUUGCGCUACUGCAAAGGUGGAUCUCCAUUAUGGGUUUGUGAUAAAAUACCUAGUAAAGUAGAGAUUCCCAACUGUGAUUGUGGAGCUGAACGAGUUUUUGAAUUUCAGAUAAUGCCACAGUUGCUAAAUCAUCUGAAUGUGGAUCACAUAGGAGCCAGCAUUGACUGGGGAACCUUGGUGAUCUACACAUGCAAAGAUAGCUGUGACCAAGGCAAUCGAUAUACUGCUGAAUUCCUUUGGAAGCAGGACUUUUCUUCAGAUGAUGUGUAACUUUAAUUGUAUUGUAUUCCAUUGUCUUUGACAAAUUCUGAAAAGCUUAAUUCUUAAUAUGAAAUAUAAGGAAGAAAUUCUAAAUGAAUACCCAUUAAAAUCCAGAAUUUACCAGAUAUUUUAUAUUUUCUUUUACAGUUAUUGCCUCCAGGUGUCACAUGUUUUUAACAUAAUUUCACGAUAUGUGUAAUAUACUGUGUAUAUAUAACUAGUUUAGUGAAUAGUAAUAAAAUUUUAUUAUUUUUAAAUAUGUUAUAAAAAGCAAGGCAUCUUGGUGAAGUAUUAUUAAUGUAUGCUCCACAAAAUUAGAAAAAUAAUGUUUUUCUGUUGUAAUGCUGCUUCUGGUAUUUCUACUGAAAGAAAAUGUGAAAAAAAAAUCAAUUAUCUUUGUUACGUAAAUAAGUUAAACAACUAAAUAACUUGUCCACUUCCAAGUACCAUACAUAGAGCCCUCUUCUGUGGCUUCUACCUCCUGCCUGUGUGCAUUUACACAAACCCUCUGGCUUAAUUUCAGCUUUAAACAAACCCAAACUCUC